AUGCCGACCGGAGCUGGCAAGAAAGAUCAAGACCACGAUCACUGGCCUUUGCGGGAGGCGGUGUGGGCAGGCUGGGGCUAUCAGGAAGCUUACGACAAGAAGAUGGCCGAGACGAAGGAGAGGCGCGACGCGGCGCGUGAGGCGCACGAGAUCAAACGAAAGGAAAAGCAGUAGGAGUUGCAGGCUGCUUCUGCAACACCGCACGUCCCCGAGAGGCAGGAGAAGGGUUCCGACGGAAACGUGACAAAUGUGUAAUUGAUUGCUACGGGUAUGAUCAAACGACACAUGGUCCCACCACACAUCGGUUGUGCUUGUGCACGCCACCGCCUUUCACUCCGCCUUCCGCUUAAAUUGACCCCAUCUCCCAAACAAAAGGUGUCAGUGAAAGAGGGCGGUGGGAACGAAGCAAGCACAACAUCAUCCGGUUGGUGGACGAAAGGGAGCCAAAACAACGGCCGCUGCGACUCCCGAAGACAAGCGUUUAGAGGCUAUGGACGUUGACGGCGUUGGUGGCGACGUUUGUGGCGACUUUGGUAGAGAUGGCAGCGAUGACGACGGUGGCAGCGAUGGCGGCAGCCGUAGCGGUGGCGGCAGUGGCAGCGACAGGGUGAGAAGGAGCGGGGGUGGUCCCGUGCGAAAGGUCGUGUAUAAACAACGACCAAGCUAUACUCUCCUACCAAACUAACCUCACGCCUGGUUGAGCCGUGGCAGGACGGAAGCCGCGAGUGGAUGGGCAGAGAGAAAGAGUCGGGUGGUGAAAAGGCUCAGGAGAAGGGUGAGACGUUCUACCGUGCAGCAAAUGAACCCAACGGAAAUACUUCGAUACCGGUCAUGGUCAAACUCCUGGGUGAUGGCCUUUGGGCUGACCAGGGAGAGGGUGAUGUCGAGAUCUCAGACGGGGUGUACAGCAAGCGUGCCGAGUUGAGGAACUUG